UUUUGAAUCCAUCGAGAAGUUGGGUUAUCUUCUUCCUUUCACAAUUUCUAUAGAAAGGAGGGAAGCAAAAAAAGAUGAAUAAUUCAACUUCUUCUCUUGUUAUUUUAUUUUUCUUGUUAAUUUUUAGUUGUUUAUGUGAAAUAAUUGCAAAAACAGACAAUGCUGAUGCUAAGCUUUACGCCGUCUACUUAGGACACAAACCCCACAAUGAUCAUGAACUUAUCACUGAUUCACAUCAUGACCUUUUAGGUCAAGUGGUUGGGAGCAAGGAAGAAGCUAAAAAACUGAUGGUGUAUAGUUAUAGACAUGGUUUCUCUGGCUUCGCUGCUUAGCUCACCGAUUCUCAAGUCAAAGAAAUUGGAGAAUUACCUGGUGUGGUUCGAAUUAUACCAAAUAGUCUUUACAAGACUCAUACAUCGAGGAGUUGGAAUUUCUUGGGUCUUUCUAAACAAGACUCCAACAGUCUUAUGAACAAAACAAAUCAAGGUGAUGGAGUAAUUAUUGGCAUAAUAGAUUCAGGUAUUGGAUGGGGAGAUAAUUCAGAAGUUUUCAACGAAAAAGGCGUAGGUCCAAUUCCAUCUCGAUGGAAAGGUAGCUGCAAAGAAGAAGACAAUUUUAGUGCGACUAAAUAUUGCAACCGAAAAAUAAUUGGAGCUCGUUGGUACAUGAAAGGAAUGAUGGAAGCCAACGACCUAAAUCAGACAAUGGCUGAAAGAUUACAUAAAUUAUCAGCAUUAGAUGAUAAUGGGCAUGGUACUCAUGUUGCUUAUACUGCUGCUGGUUCUUAUGUUAACAAUGUGCAAUACUAUGAUCUUAAUAUGGGAACAACACAUGGAGGAGCACCACUUGCACGGUUAGCUAUUUAUAAGGUAGCCUGGAACGGUAUAAAUGGUGAAAUGAUUAGUAAUAUCGAUGUUCUUGCCGCCAUUGAUGAUGCUAUAAAAGAUGGAGUUGACGUAAUAUCAAUAUCUAUUGGUGGUGGUGGUGGUGGUGCAGUCAAUUAUGCUGACAUUAAUGAGGAUACAUUAUUUGGGAUAGGAUCUUUUCAUGCAGUAUCGUAUGGUAGAUCUUUUAUUGCUAGUGGAGGAAAUAGUGGACCGACCUCUUACACAGUUGGUGCUACUUCUCCAUGGGUGAUAAGUGUUGCUAGUAGCUGUUUCAAUAGAGAAAUUGUUACUCCUUUAACACUUGGCAACAACAAGACGAUACGAGCUUCGGGACUUAUUAAAGGGAAGGGGCACGGCUUUGCUCCUUUGGUCACUUUAGCGAAUGUAACGAAAGUUUAAGACAUUAAGUCUAUUGCCAGUGGAUUAAAAGGAAAAGUUCUACUACUUUUCUUUCAAAAGGAAGACGACGCAGAAAUGUCUGUAAUGCAUCUAAAGUAAACAGGACUUUUGGCUUAUAUUUGUGCUACACUCCCUGCUGAUCAACUUAAUGGCUUUAAUCAAAUUUCUCAAAAUAAUAUGUCAUUUUUUAUGGUUGAUUUUGAGCAAGGAAAUCAAAUUUUUGCUUAUAUUCAACAUUGUAUAUCGAAAUCCAAUAAUUAAAUAUGGACAAACUAAAAUUCUUAAGGGCAAGAAGACAUACAUAACAGUGCCUAGAUUCUCCUCAAGAGGCCCUAAUUCCUUUGCUCCAGAAAUUCUAAAGCUCCUAGUGUUAAUAUAUUCGCAGCAUUUCCACCUGCUGCUGGAGGAUACAAUGGAUUCAAACUCGCGUCAGGAACAUCCAUGUCAGCCCCUCAUGUCGCAGGAAUUGUUGCACUCCUCAAAGCUGCACAUCCUAAUUGAUCUCCAACAGUUAUCAAGUCUGCACUCAUGACAACAGCAUGGAACGAGGAUACAUAUAAAGCUGAAAUUUUUUCAGAAGGAACUGGAGGAGAUUUUGCUGAUCCAUUUGACUUUGGAGGUGGCAUAUGCAAUCCAAAUGGAGCAGCAGAUCCUGGUUUAAUUUAUGAUAUGGAGAAAAAUGAUUAUUCGAAUUAUCUUUGCAGUUUGGGCUAUAGUUAUGAUAGGGUUUACAAUGUAACUACGUAUUAUUCAGACAAGAAAAAUUCUACUUCGUCAGCAGGCAUUGUGUGUCCCAAAGUAGUACCGUCAAGGUUGGAUAUGAAUCUCCCUUCAAUAUCAAUUCCAAAUCUCAAGGAUUCAGUUACUAUCAAGAGAACUGUUACUAAUGUUGGAAAUGUUAACUCUAUAUACAAAUUAGUGGUUAAACCUCCGAGAAACGUUGCUAUUAAAGUAACUCCAGAUGUCUUGAAGUUUAAUGCCAAGACAAAGAAGAUCUCCUUUAAGGUAAAGAUCACAUCUACUCACCAAAGAAGUGGUAAAUUUACCUUUGGAAGUUUGGCAUGGAGUGAUGGCAAACAUUUUGUUAGAAUUCCUAUUGCUGUGAGGAAGCAAGUAGAUGAAUAAAGGAAAAGUAGCCACUUUUAUUAGAUGGAAGUAUGGGGUGGAGUGGAGUGAAGACACACAUCUUUCUGUGUACAGGGGUUGGAUCUGGGGGGUUCGGGGUGUUAUCCUGGACCCCUCGACAAAAAAUAACAUUUUGUAUGUAAGGUAAUUUUUUUUGUGUAUAAAUAUACAUAUCGAAUUCCCUCAACACAAGACUACACGUUGGUUUAGUGAUUUAGGGAAUUAGAAAUUCAAUUUGAGGUUCCCAAUUAAAAUGUCAAGUAUAUUUUUUUGUUUUUCUAACAUUCUUAAUGAGAAUUCUGAAUCCUCCACCAAA